UCGGCCCCACCAGGUGAACGGCCAUGGCGGGCUGGAUUCAGGCACAGCAGCUGCAGGGAGAUGCACUGCGCCAGAUGCAGGUGCUGUACGGGCAGCACUUCCCCAUCGAGGUCCGCCACUACUUGGCACAGUGGAUUGAGAGUCAGCGGUGGGAUGCCAUUGACUUGGACAAUCCCCAGGACCAAGCCCAGGCCACUCAGCUCCUGGAGGGUCUGGUGCAAGAGCUGCAGAAGAAGGCGGAGCACCAGGUUGGGGAAGAUGGGUUUUUACUGAAGAUCAAGCUGGGGCACUAUGCCACGCAGCUCCAGAACACAUAUGACCGCUGCCCCAUGGAGCUGGUCCGCUGCAUCCGGCACAUUCUGUACAAUGAACAGAGGCUGGUCCGAGAAGCCAACAAUUGCAGCUCUCCUGCUGGGAUGCUGGUUGACGCCAUGUCCCAGAAGCACCUUCAGAUCAACCAGACAUUUGAGGAGCUGCGACUGGUCACACAGGACACAGAGAAUGAGCUGAAGAAGCUGCAGCAGACUCAGGAGUACUUCAUCAUCCAGUAUCAGGAGAGCCUGAGGAUCCAAGCUCAGUUUGCCCCGCUGGCCCAGCUGAACCCUCAGGAGCGUCUGAGCCGGGAGACGGCCCUCCAGCAGAAGCAGGUGUCCCUGGAGGCCUGGCUGCAGCGCGAGGCCCAGACGCUGCAGCAGUACCGCGUGGAGCUGGCCGAGAAGCAUCAGAAGACGCUGCAGCUGCUGCGGAAGCAGCAGACCAUCAUCCUGGAUGACGAGCUGAUCCAGUGGAAGAGACGGCAGCAGCUGGCCGGGAACGGAGGGCCCCCCGAGGGCAGCCUGGACGUGCUGCAGUCCUGGUGUGAGAAGUUGGCCGAGAUCAUCUGGCAGAACCGGCAGCAGAUCCGCAGGGCCGAGCACCUGUGCCAGCAGCUGCCCAUCCCCGGCCCAGUGGAGGAGAUGCUGGCUGAGGUCAACGCCACCAUCACAGACAUCAUCUCAGCCCUGGUGACCAGCACGUUCAUCAUUGAGAAGCAGCCCCCUCAGGUCCUGAAGACCCAGACCAAGUUUGCAGCCACCGUGCGCCUGCUGGUGGGCGGGAAGCUGAAUGUGCACAUGAACCCCCCGCAGGUGAAGGCCACCAUCAUCAGUGAGCAGCAGGCCAAGUCUCUGCUCAAGAACUCCGAGAACACCCGCAACGAGAGCAGCGGUGAGAUCCUGAACAACUGCUGUGUCAUGGAGUAUCACCAAGCCACGGGCACCCUCAGCGCCCACUUCAGGAACAUGUCGCUCAAGAGGAUCAAGCGUGCUGACCGGCGGGGUGCAGAGUCCGUGACGGAGGAGAAGUUCACGGUCCUGUUUGAGUCUCAGUUCAGUGUUGGCAGCAAUGAACUUGUGUUCCAGGUGAAGACCUUGUCCCUACCUGUGGUUGUCAUCGUCCACGGCAGCCAGGACCACAAUGCCACCGCCACUGUGCUGUGGGACAAUGCCUUUGCUGAGCCAGGCAGGGUGCCAUUCGCCGUGCCGGACAAAGUGCUGUGGCCGCAGCUGUGUGAGGCGCUCAACAUGAAAUUCAAGGCCGAAGUGCAGAGCAACCGGGGCCUGACCAAGGAGAACCUCGUGUUCCUGGCGCAGAAACUGUUCAACAGCAGCAGCAGCCACCUGGAGGACUACAGCAGCAUGUCGGUGUCCUGGUCCCAGUUCAACAGGGAGAACUUGCCGGGCUGGAACUACACCUUCUGGCAGUGGUUUGACGGGGUGAUGGAGGUGUUGAAGAAGCAUCACAAGCCCCACUGGAAUGACGGGGCCAUCCUAGGUUUUGUGAAUAAGCAACAGGCCCAUGACCUGCUCAUCAACAAGCCCGAUGGGACCUUCUUGUUGCGCUUUAGCGACUCAGAAGUUGGGGGCAUCACCAUUGCCUGGAAGUUUGAUUCGCCGGACCGCAACCUGUGGAACCUGAAGCCGUUCACUACGCGGGACUUCUCCAUUCGUUCCCUGGCCGACCGGCUGGGGGACCUGAGCUAUCUCAUCUACGUGUUUCCUGACCGCCCCAAGGAUGAGGUCUUCUCCAAGUACUACACUCCUGUGCUCGCUAAAGCAGUUGACGGGUACGUGAAGCCACAGAUCAAGCAAGUGGUCCCUGAGUUUGUGAACGUGUCAGCGGAUGCCGGGGCCAGCGCCACCUACAUGGACCAGGCCCCCUCCCCAGCGGUGUGCCCCCAGGCCCAUUACAACAUGUACCCACAGAAUCCUGACCCCGUCCUCGACCAGGAUGGAGAAUUGGACCUGGACGAGACCAUGGAUGUAGCCCGGCACGUGGAGGAGCUCUUACGCCGACCCCUGGACAGUCUUGACCCUGACCUCGCCCCACCUGCUGGUCUCUUCACCACUGCCAGAGGCUCCCGCUCAUGAAUGUCUGAAUCCCAUACUUCUCUUUGGCAACAAUGUUCAAUGUGGAGAGGUCAUAUUGUGACUUUAGUAUUGCUGUGCAUACUGAUGCCUUUGCAGGCAGCAUGGGGAUGCGUGCGUGUGUGUUGUUUGUGCACGUCGUGUGUGCCUGCCUCGCCUCUGCAGUCGUGAUCUGUGGCUGCAGUAGCAGCCGCCUGCUUCAGAUCAAGACAUCUGAGAGCCCGCUGGGUCUCUCUGUCGUGGAAGAGACUGAGCUUCCGUUGUUGCAGGUACUCAAAGCAGGCAAACCUGUUCCUCCCACAUCCUUUAUCUGCUUAGCAGCUUUUUGAAUGAAAUUAUUCAAGAAGGGGAAGGGAGACAGGGAAUGUCUCUAAGCUUAAGUGUUACUCCUGAGUGAGAAGCUUUGCCCCCCAAGCGUGUGUGUGUACAUGUAUGUACACGCAUCUGUCCUCGUGCACAUGUGUUGGUCUAAUUGAUUCUUUCCCUCAGGAGAGACAUUGGGGUUCAUUCUUGAGUAAUAUUUUAUACUUUAUUGAACGUGGACUCCAGGCUUUUUGCAAACUCUCAGAGCUUGUCUAGGGCAUGGCCACGUCCUUAACACGGUAGAGCUGGGUUAAUUUGAGUCAGGGCUGUCAGAGCUGCUCUGAGUUUGUACUUUCUUGGUCUCUUGUCCUUGAGCUGGUGGCGGAGUGGGGAUGCUUGGGCUUUGAGUCUGUGAUUCCAUUGCCCACAUUCUACGUGACAAGAUAUCCCCUCCCCGGCCUUCUGUCCCUGCCUGUUUGCAGCCUUGCUUAGAGGAGAGGAGGGAGAGACUGGUCCAGGAUGUGGUGGGUGAACAGGGGGCCUGGGACUUGUAGGGUUGAUCCCCUCCCUCCUGGAAAAAAAAAAAAACAUGGCAAGAGACAGCAGCAGAUCAGCCACUUGCUGCAUGCCUGUGGAAUCUGGAGUGUGGGGCAGAGCCGAUCUCGUUGGAUGCUGCUGGGAGGUGGAAUCUGGAAGAGGCCUCACGCUGUUGCAUAACCAGCUGUGGUCUGAGCAGGCCUUGCUCCCAGCCUUGCCCAGUCCUCCCUCAGAGGCCAUGCCACAUGCAGCCAGGGCAGCUGGCGCAGAAGACUUGGAGUCCCAGGUUUAAACAUCUCUGAAGGGAGGUGGGGACGAGAAGAGGGAUUCUUUUGUACUUUGUACAUAGGCCACACAUUUGUGUAAACAGUGUUUUUGAAUAAAAUAUUUUUUUCAUAA